ACACUUGGUGGCGCUGGAACCGUCAACAUGGCGUCGUCUGCGCCAAAGCAACUCUUACAAACACGCAGCUCUUCUCAAAUAACCAGUUUGUUAUUAAUUUUUUUGUAUGACUGCAGACAAUAUCUAGCAUAUAUAUUUUUGGUAAUUCGAUUGAAAAAAAUAGUUUUUCUAAAUUUUGCAAUUGCUUAGUAUUUAAUGUUGGAAUUUUCUCUAUACAGGCCUAUAAAUUCUUGUACACGUGAAAUAAUGCCAACGAUUGAUGUUUUUUAGGUGACAGGAGCGACUGCUUAAAGAAAAUUAUGAUAAAACUGCGUAGUAGAGCUAGUCGUCAGAAGUCAUGGGCAGACACAAGCAAAUUGCUAAAUAUAACGUUAAAGGAUAAGAAACUACAAUCUAGUCGAGAAGAAAGAACUCUUCUCAGGGAGCAUUUACAAAAAUUAGUUAGAAUUGCAAGAGCUAACUCUGCUCAGGGUGUCAAGGAACGAUUAGAAUCUGUUGCCAUGGAGCUGGGUCUUCGAUAUUCAGACAAACAGUACCCAUCUCAUCACGUGGCCGUUAUUGCUACAGAUCAUUUUCACGUUGAAUUUAGGUUGGACACAUCAGGAAGGACUAUGGAUGCUAUAGUUGCUCACGGAAGCAAUUCUUCUUCGUCAACUAACCAGCCAACGAGUUGUCCAGAAAUAUCGCAGGCAUUAAAUGACUGUAAACUGGAAACUGUCAAAGAACAUGUUAGAGGGUUAACUGCAAUGUAUGCCAUUGGUGCUGAUCAAAACAGAUGUAAAAGAGCUUUCAUUGCUCUCCAAGCCAUGGAAAAUGAUCUGAACGAAAUGGCCCAAAACUGCUCAUCCUCUGAAAUAAGAACUGUAACUGAUACUAUACAUAAGGCACCUUUGGGUAUACUAUACCCUAGAUCUGGCGGCUGUCCUUUAAAAAUUUUGUAUUUUGUUGGACCCUAUGAUCUUUUAAAUGAAAAGACUAAAACGUCACUCAUGAUUACUGAUGUUAAAGCAAUGAAUGAGCAUUGUUGCGGUCAGUAUGUUACUGUUAGUAUCGAAGGUGCGUCUCCUCGAAAACUUCAGCAUCAAUCUUUAAUAAUAAACUCUUCACCAAAUGAAUACGAUAUGUCAGCAUUGGACAACCAAAAUAGUUCAGUUUUACCUGCAGUAUUUUAUUUGAAUUUGCACAAACCUAUGCUCAUUACUAGAAAUAUUCUCAAGGAAAUACAAAAAUUUACAGAAAUCGACAUAUCAAUGGGCUAUGGCGAAUCUGGGCCACUGGUUUCUCUCUUGAUAAAAGAAUGUGCCAAAAACGAUAGAGAUUCGACUUCAAACAUUUAUCCCUGUGGCGUUGCAAUUAAUUUACCAGAUCAACAGCAUGCGUAUUUCUUUAAUGGAGGUUCUUCUGAGAGCCUUCACGCAGUAAGAAUUCAGAAAAUACCGUUCACUCAUCCAACACAUGUUCCAGCUAUUAUUGCCUAUCUUCGUACUCAAGCUUUAUUUAACUCAGUUUUGGCAAGUUGUGUACGAUCUGGAAGGGUCGUAAAAGAUAGAAUGCUUAAAGAAGAAGGCCGAAAUGUGUUCCAAACAACAGUAAUUUCUUUAAAGCACAUAUCAGUAUCGUAUGAAAAUCCCAAUGCUCGACGAAUAUGUUCAGCUGAGUUCAAGUUAAACAAUGCGACUUGUGUAGAAUGCUUUUUACGAUGUGGUUCUGUUUUGGAUGAUGGAAAAUCUUCUGGUGCUGAUGGUCAUUUAGCAGCCAAAGUAUUUAAGAGAAGUCAAUCAAUACCAGUCACUAUGAGAGUUGUGUCUAAUCAAACGUCAAAACUGAAGGACAGAUAUCAAGAAAUGACAAAUUCUAAAUUAAUCUGUGAACCUGACAAGCCAAAUCCUCAAGUUUCUCAGCUAAGUUAUUUUGAGGGUUUUGCUUCAGCAUCAUUGGACAUUUCAACUAAUAAUAUUUCACCACCUGUUCAAGCUACUUGUCCCCCACCGCGACCCCGACCUCUAGGGCAGCAAAUAUCAACUACAGGAACCAAUUUAUCAGUUUCAAGUUUAGGUAUGACUCAAAUCGAACCUACUCGUAGCCUUAUGCGGUCUGCCAGCACAACUGUAGAAGCUGGCCAGCAAGGAUCUAUUCAUGGCGGAAUACAUAGAACAAUAUCGGACCCUGGUCGUGCUGAUAGCGAAGUAUCAAAAUGUACUAUGCUAGCAAGGUUAUUGGAUCCCAAUACAUCUAGUCCAGAGACUGAACAAGAUAAUUCAGCAUUAACAUCAAACUAUAAUUCAUUAUCGUCAAAAAUUAGAAAGCCAGCAAGUAGAAAACGUAAAAAUGAUCAACAAAUUCGUGUUGGAAGAAGUCCGAAACGAAAAGUAAGUGGAGAUGAAUUUGAUUUUGAAAUAUCAUCCAGGAACACUCCUACGGUUGGGCAUCUUGCAAAUGAUGAACGCCCCCCGUCCGCUCGAUCACUACCUGAUGAUCACCGUCCGCUCUCAAGACCACCUUCGCGACCACCAUCAGCAUCUGAACAACUGACUAAUCAUCCAAGUUCAUCACCAUGUUUACCUAUAGUGCGCGAGCAAACGUCAUUGGCUGAAUUGCUUCAGAUGCCAACCUCUCAUCAGUCAAAUUGUUCCUCAUCUCUAAAUACUAUACUAGCUACCCAGCCCUCUUCAAAACAGUUUACUGAUAUAACUGAUCUAGUAUCACCUGGAUCUAGUAACAUUGGAAAUUAUGAGAAAAAUAAUCAUACUUUAACUCAAUUCCAUCAAAAUUACCAGCACAAGCCAAAUAUUACUGUCAAAUUAAAAAUAGGCAAGGAAUCUCCAAACAAUAAUGUUGAAGCUAUUGAAGACAGUACACAAGAAACAAGUUGCUCUUCAAAUGAUAUUUUAAACGAAGGAAACGAUAUAAGAAAGUCAAUAGAACGUAAAAAGUCUAAAACAAAUAACGAAAUAAAAAGAAAGCGGAGCGAUAUUGAAAAAAAAUCUUCAAAGAAAAAAUCUGAUGACUGGUCAAAGGGUCAAGAUAAUGAACAAGCUGCAUCAGUAAAAAUAACCAUUGGUGGUAAAUUACAGUUCAAAAAACUUAGCUCAAAUAAACCAUUGGUUCAAAAAUCGACGAAAACAGAUAAGCAUAAACUUUCUAAAAGUAAAUCUAUCUCACGAUCAAAAUCAGAAACUGAAGCAAAGAAGUCACAUCAUUUCAAAUCAUUAACUACUUUAAGUGGCGGAUCCAGUAAUAAUGGUUCACCCCCAACUUCAUCUACUGUACCUCAAUCUACUUCUGUAAAUAGACAAACCCCAACGGCGUUUCAAACUAUGCAACAACAGCAGCCGUUAUCAACUGUUACAAAAAAUGCCAAAGCAGUUCAUAAGAAAAAAUCUCUUUCUGAAGUUAUUAGCAAAUUGCAUCCCACAUCCAGUACAGUAGAAACUAAACUCUCUGCUAAAGAUGAAAUGGAGAAAAUCCGGAAGGAAAUGAUUAUGGCGGGAAACAAUAAUGCCAAUGUUACUCCAGCAAAAUUAGGACCUAUUCCAAAAAAAGCUCCUACUGCAACUGCAAAUAAAAUUUCAAAUAAUCAGGGUGGUAACAGACUAAGACCUACUCUCAAAUCCCAGCAUAAAUCCCCAGCCAGUCCAUCGCCUACUCCAACUCUUUCUAUCAAGGAUUUGAGCCAAGAUGAAGCCGCAGCUAUAAACCUCCCUACUCCCAAAAUCAUUCCUCUCGAUAAAGUUUCAAAUGUUACUGGCGGAGCGUCUGUUAGUCCAGACAGUAGUGACGCAGAUAGUCCAGGUGCAAGUUUGGUAAUAGAUACUAGUCAAACUACGACAGAAAUUUCUCCUGCGUCUUCUCAUUGUCGGUGA